CUAACAAGUUCUUCUUCCACAUCUAGCUUGUCAACCUCGCGGAAACUCCCGCGAAAUCCAUUUUUGGAAGAAGAUUCAGCAGUAGAAAAUCGACAGAAACAAUAAGGGACGAUACCCAUUUAUUUGGCUGACAACGAUUCUUGUGACAGCAUGGGCCUUCUUACCUGACCAUUCUACUUUCUGUUUCGAGUGAAGUAAACAUGGCGGUAGACGAAUAUUAUAUGGAAAAUUUGGAUGAAUUUGUGAACGAUGAAAACAAAGUUGUGACGUUCAAGUGGUUGAGCACCAACCUGAAGGUUCAUGUCAACCAAGCGAAACAAAUGCUGUAUGCAUUUGUACAGCAGGAGAGAAACAAAAAAGACAAUGACAAGCUGACGGUGACAUAUUUUGUAGCGGGAACACCAAAAACCAAGAAUGGUUUUAUGGGCCACAAAUGUUGUGUUGUUGCGGAGGAGGAGCUUGGGGCGUUCAAGUCAACGCUGUCAACAGUGACCAGCUGCCACAUCUACAGUGUCCAGAAGGUCAAGUUGAAGGACUCAAACGUGCUGUACAUGGCCAACUAUGACAGCACGAAGGAGAACCUACACGCCUGCAGCAGUUAUAGUGCUAUAAACUACCCACAAGCCAAGGCCAGGUCCAAAGAAGAGCUGGCAAAGUUUGGCGUUCAACAGUCACAGCCAUCAUCAGACCCGCCCCAAGACAAAUGGAAGUUUGUCAACGGCAACCAAGGCAGCAUCCAAUGGCAGUGCAGCUGUGAAGAAGGAACCCAAGGGCAGCAUUGCCAGCAUGUUCUCCGCGGGAGGCGGGAAGAAGAAAGAAGAUUAGAGAAACCGCCCGCUCCAGCUAAAGGUGGGAAGGGAGGCAAAGGCAGCAAGGCUGGAGGUGUGAUGUCCUUCUUCUCCAAUCAGACAGCAAAGCCAAGCAAACCAGCAGAGAGUAAACCAGUGGAAAGUAAACCAGCUGAUAGUGAACCUGUAAUAAGUGAACCUGUGAAGAGUAAAGAAACGAAGCCAGAAUCUCAGAAGGAAAAGAAGACUGACGUAAAGAAGAGUCGUCCCAGUAAAGGCAAGAAAUCUACGAGGGUCUCAGAUUCAGACGAGGACAAACCAGACACGAAAAGGAGGAGACGAAUCCGCAACGAUCUGUUUGACAGCAGCAGUAGUGAAGAUGAGAUGGAGAUCUUGGAAGAAAGUCCGGUCCCAAGUCCUGUCCGUGAGCCCAGCCCAGAACCUAAGUCACCGGAGAAACCAUCGAAACCUGAUUCCGAUGAUGAACCCAUUGUUAUCACUCAGACAAAUGGAGGAGAGAAACGAAGAAAGAGAACACGGAAACUCGUACCCAAGACCUCCAUGGAUGCAGAUGGAUUUAUGGUGACGGAGAAGGUGUGGGAGAGUGACUCGACAGAUGCUUCUGAACGGGAAGAGGAGGUGAAGAAGAAAGCACCAUCACCAGCUAAACAGUCCAAAACACAGCCAACAAAGAAAGCCUCCCCACAGAAGAAAUCCCCUGCGAAGGGCCCGAAAAACCAAACAUCGCUCAUGUCAUUCUUCAAGAAGAAAUAAAACAGUUCAUCACGUUUAAAAAUAUCAGAUUUAUUUUGAGUUAUACGGUUCAUCUGAAUAUUGUACAUAUUUGAAUUAAAGAUGAACUGAGACAAUAUUUACAUGAAAACUAUCCAACAUUGAGGGAGUGGUUUCAUAUGAAACUGUUUUGGGUAGCCUUGUUGUUGAGGUGUUUGCCCUUGAUGCAUAAUGGGUUUGAUUCUACACAUGUAAACAAGUUGUGAGAGACCCAUUCUUGGGCACCCCAGCAGUGAUAGUGCUGAAUUUGGGCUUAGUGAGGAUUUCAAAUUCCUACCUAUUUGACAUUUUGGUAGAAUAAAGAAAUGUGUCGAAA